CGCAUGCCUGACAACGGCGCAAAUAUCUAGCACAGUCGAUUGCAAGCUGUCAAAUGGGACUGUUUGUGAUGGUGAAACGAAAACAUUGUCAUAUUUUCUUGCACUUUAUUAAUUUGUUUUAAAAGUGUGUGGUUAAUUUGAUCUAACGUGUAAACGUAGUUAUUUUAACGGUACUAUAAGAAUUACAUGAACGGAGAGUAAUUAAAGAAAAAGUAAUUGGUAAAAAAUGACGACUCCUCUUGGAUACGGCGAGCUGCUGCAGUGUCCUUUCGAAAAAGCGCACCGAAUACAGGCACAUGCAAUGUCAAAACAUUUAUUUAAGUGUCGACAAAAUUAUCCGAAUCAGAAAUUUGUAUCCUGCCCCUUUAACGAAUCGCAUCGGGUGGCUGCAGUUGAUCUCAAAUCUCAUAUUUCAGAGUGUGAGGAUCGUGCAACAUUCGACACGUAUAAAUAUUCUAUUUGUACUUCGGCAGCAAAUGUUCCCCAAAACGCAGUUUCUCCGCCGGAGUUGGUUUACAAUAACAGUCCACCAAAGGAACCUGAGGGAAUCAGGAAACGUGAUAAAAGGGAGAAAACUACUACUAAAGAACAACCGGUCAGGCUAGAUGACGACUGUUGGGAUGACAUGAAUGCUCCUGCCUAUAACCCACAAAAAUAUUGUGAAAAGGCAAGUGUGAUACGGAAAGCUACUCUCAAAAAGCCGUCCGAGAAAAAGGCAUUCUAUGAAUGUGAGCGUCUUCGCCUGCAGGAUCUUAAGCUGACCAACGAUUAGAGUAUGAACACAUCGAAAAUUAGUUAUUGCUAGGAGAUGAUUAUGAGGAGAAUUUGAUUGAGGUAUUGAUCUGUUACGGAACUCAAAAACUACUAACAACUUUGUAUAGAUUUUUUUUCGCAUAAGAAGGAUAUUGCAGAUAGAAACCGUUUUCUGUUAAAUUGGUGUUCUGAUUGAAGAUUUCUGAUUUAUACAUGCCUGCAAUAUGAUAGCAAAGUGAACUUGCUAAAACAAACCUUUAUCUAACCCGCUUCGUUAGUCUGCUAGCGCUGACAGAUCACUAUUUUGAUUGACGUUAUCUUGAUUAUCAGAAAUAAUUAUAUAUUUGAAAUGUGAAUGGUUGCGUUGCGUUGAUGUUAAAUAAAGAUUUAAUUUGGUA